AUGCAAAUCUUCGUGAAAACGCUCACGGGAAAAACUAUCACCCUCGAGGUUGAGGCGUCGGACACAAUCGAGAAUGUGAAGGCGAAAAUUCAGGACAAAGAGGGAAUCCCUCCAGAUCAGCAACGUCUUAUUUUCGCCGGAAAGCAAUUGGAGGACGGUCGAACCCUUGCGGACUACAACAUUCAAAAGGAGAGCACCCUUCAUCUUGUGCUUCGUCUUCGAGGAGGUAUCAUCGAGCCAUCGCUUCGUCAACUCGCGCAAAAAUACAACUGCGAAAAGCAAAUUUGCCGUCGCUGCUAUGCUCGUCUUCCCCCACGUGCUACCAACUGUCGCAAGAAGAAGUGCGGACACUCGAACGAUCUCCGCAUCAAGAAGAAACUGAAG